AUGAGCAAAGAACCGGAACCCACGCAGUGCAAAUAUGCCAGUUUCAUCAGCUCCGAAACAUUCACUCUCUAUGCCGGCCAGUCCCAGAAGCCCUACCGCGUGCACAAGGAGCUCCUCGCCGCGAUGUCGCCCGAGCUCAGGAACCACAUCUUCAACGACAUGAAGGAGGGCCACGAGAGCUGCAUGAGGAUGGAGCAUGUGACGCCGCAGACUAUGUGCCAGUUUCUGGAGUUUUGCUACACGGGGAAAUAUGCAGAAUUCGCCGACGAUGGAGAUAAGAAGAGGAGGGCAGAGGUGCAGGCGGAGAAGCCGACCUGGAAACAGGCAGGCAUACUCAAAGCUUCAGCAUUGAUGUCACAUGCAAAGCUCUACGUCCUCGGGGACAUAUACAACGUCCAGCGCCUGAAAAACGAAGCCCUUAGGAAUAUCAAUGAGAUAAUGAAAGACCUAAGCGCUGGUCCUCAAAGUCGAAUGCCUGAUGUGGCCGAAGAGUGUAUCAACCUGAUGAGAUACGCGUGUGAUAAUCUUCCUGAGCGGUCGGCUGAGCGGGGGAUUGACCCGCUGGUGAAAUAUCUGGCUCACUGUGCGGCAUGGGGGCUGGACUUUUUUCGGAAUAAGCUUCCGGAGUUGCUGUCGACGGGCGGUAGAGUGGAUUUUACUGAGACUUUCUUGGCGCUGUUGAGGUUUCGGGGGGUGGAGGGGCCGCCGUGGGAGGGCUUUAAGUGCUAG